AUGGACUUCCGGGGGCUGCCGAGUGUGGUGCAAGAUCGUAUUCUUCGAAACAUAAUGCACCUUGGUGAAAGAAGCGACGAGACUGCGGUACGAACGCUCUUCGAAUUUGCCCUGGCCAGCAAGACAUGCUGGCGGCUGGUAGAGGAAAUGCCGGGCAAGCGCUGGGAAAAGAAUAUAAUGCACGGUAACAACGGCACCUUCCUGUACUGGGGCUACCCAGACGCUCAAUUCGGACAACGCACAUUUCGCCUCCUUUUCGGAGACUCCACCAUCGACUCGCUGCUGCUGUUCGAGGACGGUGUACUUCCUAGCGUCAAAGCUGAACAUAUCUUGAUCGAGUAUCCUGAGGACGAUAUGCUGCAGGUUCUGAAGCGGCACAAACCACACGGCGCAAGCUAUUCGGUGGCUGAGAUCUGGGACAUGCUCCCGGAUGCCGGGUUGAUACAAUGGUUGAACGAUAACACCCAAAACUGCCAGCUCAGGCUCCGGAGACCGGCGGCUCCGCUAUGGAAUUAUAUUCAGCUCAAGCAUGCAUGGAUAGAGGUCCAGGUCGACGACCAGAUAGACGGAGAAGAAAACCUUGACGAGGUCCAAAAUCGGUGGAUCGAGGAGUGGCAGGCUGGGGAACGUGAAUGCGAAGUAUUCUGCCUACAAAGGCUGGACUACCGUCGCGGUCGGACAUAUAUUGUAACCGGAUAUGAAUCUGAAGACCAUAUGCCGCCACGAUAUGGCAAUGCGAAAGAAUUACGGAGGGGUGAUGGCCGAUUUAUCAGGGCACGAACCAACGAAUCACCCGGCCGCUACCGAGCUCCCUCAAGU